GCAUCCGGCAGCACGGCGGUCCGGGGUCCAAGUUUGUGCCAUGGGAAAUUUCAUUCAGGAUAUGCAGCAUGAGCGUCCGGUUGCCGCCACGUUCAGGAGAAUGAUGUGCGCUACUAACUUGUUGCGUCCGAUGCCGCCGCUGCGAGUCGAUUGGUUCCUUCAGCCGAUGGGUCAUCCGAAGCAGAGUCAAGGCACGUGCACACGGAAGCGCGUCAUAAGGUUUGAACACGUCCAUCUCUGUUCAAUCCUGGCGACACCUCCGAGGCGUGCCGUCCAUGGCCAAAGAUAACCCGACAGAGAAACGCUGAGCGAUGCAAUUCGUCGUCUCAUGACCCGGGCCUCAUAAACUCUCUUUCCAGCAGCUCCCAGGGGACAUCUCACUGCUAAACUUCAAUACCGGGACGCUACCCUUGCGCUAUAUAAACUCGAGCAUACCAUGGUCUUGGCCACUGCACUACGCGGUUCUUUACGCUCUGCGACCUUCUCACCUCUACGCGCAACCGCUCGCAACUUCUCAUCUACUCGCGCCAACAACAUGAAGGUCCUUGCUGUUCUCUACAACGGCUUCCAGGCUGCCAAGGAGGAGCCUCGUCUGCUCGGUGCUGUCGAGAACGAACUCGGCCUGCGCCAAUUCCUUGAGUCGCAGGGCCACGAACUCGUCGUGACGAGCGAUAAGGAAGGUCCCGACAGCGUCUUCCAGAAGAACAUUGCCGACGCUGAGGUUUUGAUCACCACCCCCUUCCACCCUGGCUACUUGACUGCCGACUUGAUCUCCAAGGCGAAGAACCUGAAGAUCUGCAUCACCGCUGGCGUUGGCUCUGACCACAUCGAUCUCAAUGCCGCCGUGGAGAAGGGCAUUGAGGUGCUCGAGGUUACUGGCUCUAACGUCGUCUCCGUUGCCGAGCACGUCGUCAUGUCCAUCCUCCUCCUCGUCCGCAACUUUGUCCCCGCCCAUGAGAUGAUCGAGCGCGGGGAUUGGCAAGUAUCUGACGUGGCCCGCAACGCCUAUGAUCUCGAGGGCAAAGUUGUUGGCACCAUCGGAGCUGGCCGCAUCGGUUUCCGUGUCCUGCAGCGUCUGAAGCCCUUCAACUGCAAGGAGCUCCUCUACUACGACUACGCCGCGCUCCCCGAUCACGCCGCCAAGGAGGUGAAUGCUCGCCGCGUCGAGGACCUGAAGGAUUUCGUAUCCCAGUGCGACCUCGUCACCGUCAACUGCCCGCUGCACGAGGGAACCCGUGGGCUCGUCAACGCCGACCUCCUUAAGCACUUCAAGAAGGGUGCCUGGAUCGUCAACACCGCUCGCGGCGCCAUUUGCGACAAGGACGCCAUCGCCGAGGCCGUCAAGAGCGGCCACAUCAACGGCUAUGCCGGUGACGUGUGGAACGUCCAGCCCGCGCCCCGCGAUCACCCAUGGCGCACCAUGAAGAACCCGCUUGGCGGCGGUAACGGCAUGGUCCCGCACUACUCGGGCACCACCCUCGACGCGCAGGCCCGCUACGCGGCGGGCACGAAGAGCAUCCUCGAGAACUAUCUCACCGGCAAGCCGCAGGAGCCCGCGAACAUCAUCGUCGGCCGCAAGGGCUUCGAGACCAAGGCUUACGGCCAACGUUGAGCUCGAGGGCUGAUUGCCGACCUUGACAAACAACGAUUUGCGUCAUAUCAUACCACCACCACUACCCCAUCAUGUUGUAUUUAUACAAAGCGGCGAACGCGAACUCAAUAAGUCAUUGCAAAGAACGGGUCCUUAGCGAGCGAUAAAUCAGGGGAGUCAGAGAGCGGUCACGAUUCUUUCUUGAUCCUGUCUGCGACCCAUUGUUUCACAAACUUCUCGAGCGUCUUCGCAGCCUUGUGAUAUACAGUACCUUCCGGGUUGUAUGCCUUGCAGUUAUCGAACACCAGUUGCGCGUCUGCGACGAACUGGUCCAUAGACGAGUACUUGUUGUUCUCGAGCUUGUGCUCCAUGGUGCUGAAGUCCAUGGGAUUCGUGAUGACGUCGUAGUAAUCCGCAACUUCUUCAGCGUUGACGGGAUGCAGAAAUGGCCACGCCUGUGCGUGGCUUUGCAGAUCGGUUAGCAGGCGACGCAUGCUGUUGUAGUCCGAGGUCUUUGCGGGUGCCCGGUGUACCGCCGUCAUUGAUGGCGUCCAUCCGCUUUCGCCUGGAUCCGGACGGGUCAGUCGCAGGCAACCAAGCGUCGUCCGUCGGGGGGAAGAUCUCACUCAGUCCAGGAACGUCCUCCGGCCUCACCGUCAUCCCCGGCUCGUACUUGUCGGGCAUGAACUGGGGUAGCCCGGGGUAUAUGAUGUGGCUCCGGCUCUUUUCUCGUAUCUUCUCGAGGAUCGCCCCGCGCUGCUUUGCGAGGAUGUCGCGUACGGCGAGGUAGUCCACCUUGGGUAGCAUCGUGCACUGCAUGAUCGUGCCGCCCUCGUAGUCUUUGAUGUAGCCCGCCCAAACGGAGCGGUCGAGCGUGAUGUCCUUCGAGAAGCCCUGCUUUUUGAAGUAGCCAACGGCGUAAUUGUCAGCGUAGGUGAGAAAGUGCAUCAUGGAGGGAUAGGUCGCUUUGAUAUGCGUUUUGAAAUGGUCCAUGAGCAUGCCACCGUAGCCCUUAACCUGGUCUGCACUAUUGGUAGCAAAAAAGACGAUUUCCGCAAAUCCGCGAUGCGGGAAAGGGCGGUAACAGAUGCCACCAACGACUUUGUACCCUCGCUUGAUGAUUGCAAGACACUUAGAAUUGUCGUCGAAAACAAGACGGGCAAUGUAUUCUCGUGGCAUCUUCGGCAGCUGCUUCUGAAAGAGUGUUUUGAGACCAGUCAAUAUAACAUAGGAUCGAGGUUCGCCGUCGUUUUCCACGGGUACUAUCUUUAUCACGCCCUUCCGUAGUUCGGCGUGUGCCGCCUUCUCCGGUUUGAUGGGAGGUGCUAGGGAGGUUGAUCCAGCAGUGUCAACCGUAACACCUGUGGCUAAUCUGUCGAGCUGGCUUCCGUCCAUGGCGUCCUCAACCUUGACCUUGUGCUCGUGUCCAUUCACCGCGGUCGACCGGUCGUUCAUCGCGUGCUGCUCCUCUUCGGUUGGGGGCGGGAGUGAGACGGGCGCGGUGGUGGCCUUCGACUUUUUGUUGCCCUUGCCACUCCUUUGUUUCGUGCCACGCCGCUUUCCGUUUGUUGCACCAUUCGAUUGGCUUUGUCGUUGCGCAAGGCUGGCCAAUGGCUUGUCUUCCUCGUCGGAGUCGUCGCCGCUUGAGGAAGAAAAGGAUAUCCGCCGCUUCUUCGAGGGCGGCGAGAGGUCGGUCAAGGAUGAACCGGGUGACAGUAUCUCCUUUUCCAAUGAGGACGCUGAUAGAGUGGGUGAAAGUGGCUGAGUUGCAUUGGCGAACAUUUGGUCAUCAGGUAUCUCCAUCUGUUUGCGCAACGACUCGAUGUCUUCGUCCACAUAGAAGAAGUCCAGCAAUCGCCCAGCGUCCUGCAACAAUUCGUCUAUCCGGGCCCCGACCUUGGCCCGGCGAGUGAACUCCUCCGGACCGAGCUCCUGCUCGUCCGCGCCGUGCUCCGCCCGGUCAUGCCCGCACCCGCAACUCUGCAUAUCCGGGUGAUUGUCGUCGGGUUCGUCCGAGUCGUCUGAGCCGUAUGCCGCGAGACCGCCCAGAGGAGAGUCCC